AUGAUGCUGAUGCUGAACUGUUUUAGAACAUUUGGGCAGAUUAAUGUCACAACGGUGGAAUUACUUUUGGAAAACAUCACUAAAAACGGUGCACUGGGUUUGUACAGCAGCAAAAGCAUGUGGCAAGUCUUGCAACAGAGGCGAUGUUUCAGUAACCGUUCUUCACAACUUUACCUCAGCAGAGUAACUACUGAACAUCCUGAACACCCAAUAUCAGAGAGUGGGCGUGCAGGUGAAGGCCUCUUCUCAGGACUGGAAGAUUUACUAUUCCACACCAUAACUGAUGGGCAGGACAGGAUCCCGAUUUCUCAUUUCAUCAAUGCUAUUAAAAGCACAGGUCUGCUGACAUCUGACCCCCGUCUGCGGGACUGUAUGGUAAAACUGCGGCAAGCUGUCCGAGAAUCCAGUGAUGUGAUGAUGGAUCACAAACUGUUUCGCAGAUGUGUAGGCGGAAACAUCGUCCUGCUCUCCCAAGCUUUCAGAAAGAAAUUUAUCAUUCCAGAGUUUGAGACAUUUGUUGGUGUCAUAAAUCAGAUCUACAACAGAGCUAAACAGCAGCAUGAAGGUCAAGUAGCAGACUACAUUCCACACCUUGCAAAGUUCAGCCCCAGUCUUUGGGGGAUUUCACUGUGCACAGUGGAUGGUCAGAGGCACUCAGCAGGUGAUACCAAAGUGCCAUUUUGCCUGCAGUCAUGUGUGAAGCCACUUGAAUAUGCCAUUGCGGUACACGAGCUUGGAACUGAACACGUGCACCAUUUUGUAGGGAAAGAGCCCAGUGGGCUAAAGUUCAACAUGCUGUCCCUUGAUGACAAUGAUAAACCUCAUAAUCCCAUGGUGAAUGCAGGAGCAAUUGUCAUCAGCUCUCUUAUUAAGCCUGGGGCCAACAAAGCAGAGAAAUUUGACUAUGUGAUGGACUUUGUGCAGAAAAUGGCAGGAAAGGAAUAUGUAGGCUUCAGUAAUGCCACGUUUCAAUCAGAAAAGGAGACAGGAGACAGAAACUUUGCAAUCGGCUACUACCUGAAAGAGAAAAAGUGUUUUCCUCCUGGAGCAGAUAUGAUUGAUGCUCUAGACUUCUACUUCCAGCUGUGUUCUGUUGAGGUGACAUGUGAGUCAGGCAGCGUGAUAGCGGCCACACUGGCCAACGGAGGAAUUUGUCCCAUCACAGGCGAGCAAGUACUGAGCUCUGAGGCUGUGAGGAACACACUCAGCCUCAUGCACUCGUGCGGCAUGUAUGACUAUUCUGGCCACUUUGCUUUUCAUGUGGGACUGCCUGCUAAGUCAGGAGUGUCAGGAGCUGUGCUGUUAGUGGUGCCCAAUGUGAUGGGGGUCAUGUGCUGGUCACCACCGUUGGACAGGCUGGGGAACAGUAUAAGAGGCAUCCGCUUCUGUGAGGAACUGGUGUCCCUGUUCAACUUCCAUAAUUACGACAAUCUGAGACACUUUGCGAAGAAACAGGAUCCACGUCGACAGUCUGGUGAUGAAAGGAACAAGUCUGUGGUGAACCUGAUGUUUGCAGCUCAUAGUGGAGAUGUUUCAGCCCUCAGGAGGUUUGCAUUGUCUUCUAUGGAUUUGAACCAGACGGACUAUGACCGUCGUACAGCGCUUCACAUUGCUGCUGCAGAAGGUCAUGUGGAGGUUGUGCAGUUUUUAACACUUACAUGUAAAGUGAACCCCUUUGUGAAGGACAGGUGGGGAAACAUUCCUCUGGAUGAUGCACUGCAGUCCAGUCAUGACAGCAUCGUGAAGAUUCUGCAGGAGUAUCAUAACAGGUAUAACCCUCAACUGUCCUCAUGGGGCCGUCCUUCACAGGAGUGGGGCGAUAAAACUCCGACCAGACACAGGGCACCAGGAUGGAUCAAG